AUGCGCCUCGCCCAAGCGAUGCUCCUUUGGCUCGUUCUCGGAUGCUUGUGGCUGGUCGGCGGGACGACGACCUGCUGGCAGGCCGAUGUCGACGCCAUGGAGAGUUGCUUCAGCAAUGUCAACGGAUGCAACUCGUGUCAACUUGUUGCAGCAACAGCGUCCUUGCGCUACGAUGAUUACUUCACACCGUUCCUGCCUACAAACAGGUCGUGCGAACCAGCAGUGCUCGGGGCGAUUUGCCCGGAUGCCGACAAUGGAAGGUGUUGCGUGUUGGCCAACGAAGCGUUUGACCUGUACAACCCUUACCGGCACUUGUGUUCCAAGCCAUACGCAGUGAAUGACACUCAGAGCCAGCACUUUUCUCCGAACGAUCGAAAGGUGGCCCUUGCUGGUGCCCAGGUCUUCAAGCAGCAGCUAGGCAUUGGAUCGAAUUUCACGCUCGAGACAAGCUGGCAUGUCGGGCAAACCAUCACCGUGACCUUGCGUGACAAUGCAAACGGCACCGUCGGAUCGUUCGAGUUGAAUUCGACUAGCAACAAGGCGACUUGGCGUGAUGCCACCACCACCAGCAGCAUCGUCGUCACAAGUCUGGCCAUUUUGACCGCACCCGUGCAGCGCAUUCAGUUUCGAGUCACGAGUUCAUCGCUUCAAGUGUCCGUGAAUGGCUGGAUCGUGCCAAAGUACCCCCGUCCAGUCGUCCCCAUUUCAGCCCUCUCCGUUCGAAGCGACAACGAAGCCAUGUGUGUGCGAGCCGUCGACGCUCGAUUUGCACCUUUAGGCGAAGACGACCAAGCCAGUAACCACAGCGACUUGCAAUGUUUGACGGCAGCGGAUUCCCUCACCUCUAGCACCUGCUCUGUGGCUCACAUUGAGAUCUUCACCCUGCCAUCGAUACAACCCAUGUCGAUUCAAGUGAACUUGCUGGACCAAGACCAUCGUGGGCUACUCUUGAAUCCAUCUUCCGCGGUGGUGGUGCUAACUAGCUUCACGCCAUCCACGUCAUUUGACUUGGUGCUCAAUCCUCAAUUGUACGAUCGUACCGAUACAACCAUUGCAUUGCUGCAGUUGAACUGUAUCGCAUGGCUCGCAUCGAAUGUGUUUGAAAUCCACGUGCGUGUCAACGACAUGCCGGCGCCACAAGUGUUUUACCCAUUGACAUCGUUCCGACCCGUCGACAACAACAGCACGACACUGUCGCAGCCUCCUUCGCAGACAUUUCUACCUGUUCUCCAAGAUGCAUAUUUGUCGUCUGACAGUGUUGUAUGCGCUCUGACAUCGCCUGGCGCAUGUGGCUAUUACAACGCCCAGUCGAACGCAAGGUGGUACCCCAAGCUGGACAGCGCCACGGGUCUGCCGGUGCUCACCGUAUCCAGCAGCUCCCGCCAACCCACAAGUCCAUCCCACCGAGUGUUGAACGAUGGCAGGUCCACGGGUAGCCAGCAUGUCACGCCCACGGUUCAAUGGCGGGUGAAAAAUGGACUCGCCGAGCGCAACCACGGUGUGGACCUAGCUGUGACGUGGUUGUUGCCGGCUUUGUUUCAACUCGGGUUUGAAACCGACAAUGGCACCAUGGAUGUGAUGGAGUUGAUUGACCAUCACUCCUUUAAUACUGUUGCGAUACAGUCGGAUGCAACCGCGUGCAACCGCCAUUGGCUGAAUCUCCACAUGAAUGCACGUCCUUUGUCAUCUGUUGUGCUUCGACUGACCAUGCGACACAACUUUACCGGCAGCGUCAACCUAACCCUGCUUCAGCGAACGGUAUCGCAUAAACGCAAUGUGACAGUGUUGGGUGCGAUCAUGUUGGCGUGGAUUGAACCUCGUGUACGUCACGUGGUCGAGUUAUCGCCGUCGUCUGAGGACCUUGUGGUGGCCAUUCCGUCAUGUGACAAAGUGUGGCCGAACGUUCCCACUGGCCCCGUGCGGUUUAUAUUGACAUGGGACAGCGUACACACCCUCACGUCGACAAAUGCUGACCACACGAUGCUGCUGCCAUCGACCUCCACCUUCGAUGGGACACAAGGACUUCAAAGAGCAGAGUUCUUUGAAUGGCCAGCAUCCAUCUACUUUCACGGCAUUUCGGGGUAUAUUGGAACCAUUGCCGUGACGUGGCAGGCCCAAUGGACACUUGGACCUGUGGACUAUGCAUAUUCGACGUACUUGAGCCUACACCUGCACGACCCAGUGUACUCGCCUCGGAUGGCGCCACGUGUCCUGGCCAAUGUUCUGGAAGUUCCAUCUUCGUCACCUGAUUUACCAUUGUGGAGGUCAUUGAAUGAAGUACCAUUGGAGUCGGCUAUCGAAACACCCGGGGUAGCCGUGGUGGAGCCCACAGUGCAAGAGAUUGCGGUGGACGUCGAUAGCUUCAUCCGGCACGAGGCCCCGUCGUCCCGACGCCAUCUCGACGCUGCUUCGAUCAUGUUGCCAGGGCGACUGUUUACGUCAAUGGCGUUCUUUAACGAGUCCGUGUACACAUUUCACCUGAGCGAGUGGAUUGAAUCGUGCGUCAUGAUGUUUCAUGAGUCGAUGGAUGUGGUCGAUAUGUCUUCGCUUUCUGUGACACUGGACUGGACCGGGGUAUCUCUUCAAAACGUGUUUGUAUCGGAAGUAGACGAUGACAACCAACCGUUUGAUUGGCUCAGUGGGUCGUGGACCUCGACCACCAUCGCAGCGAACACGACGAUUUCGAUGGUUCCAACACCACAUGCUGGGACGCUGUAUGUGACACUGCACGGAUCGUUCUGCGUAUUCAACGGCUCCUCUACCUAUGCUCAGUCGUCCAUCGUGCGGUUGCUCGCGGGGGAAACUAUCGACACGAUUGAUGCACUGGACGACGUCCAUAUAACAACCACGAAAGUGUCCGCCAUGGCCACUGAUAAAGACGGCAUUGUUCAGCUCUAUCCGCUAGAGUACUUUGCUGUUGGACUUGAUCUUCCGGUUGUGUGGAGCGAAGUGCAAGUCUUCUUUUCCGCUCCAGUUGCAUCGGUGGCAACCAAUGCGACGACGUCGAUAAUACAUGCGACGACGUAUGCCGGCCAACCUUCGUGGACAUGGACCAAUCUCCCAUGUGCGACGAGGAUUUCCAUCACGCCCGUGGAUCCGUUGACCGUCUUGAUCAUUCGCCUUGUGAUGAAAACAUACUCGAGUGGCCAUGUAGUUGUCACAGAAAUCACAACAUCCCAACCUCGGGAUUGCAUUCCAGUGGUGCCGCUGCUGAUUGCGCCGUAUCCCAGCGCCAUCAUCGCAUCCUCUGCAUCCACAUGCCGAACGCAGCUGUCGUUGCCUGUGUUUCUCCUGGACGACCCGACGACGACAUCGCUGGACGUGUCUGUGAAGUUGGCUCCGUGCUCGAAUUUGAGUGUACGCUGGCGAGGGUCGACGUUGUCGCAGAGUUACAAUAUGUCGUGCACGUACAACCUCGUCACAGGAACCAACCACUCGUUCGUGAAUGACACGCUCUUGGUCCAAAACACGACCGACAUACCUCCGAUGAUCUCGUUUACGCUGGAGGCUGUCAAGCAAUCCACUGGCGGCACGUCGUCGCACGUCGCGCUUGAUUGGAUGGACAUGCUCCUUCCUUGCAUUGCCGACAGCCCGACGAAUAACGCGAUACUUCCAUCGUGUGUUGCGAAUCCGAUGCAUGUGACACUGUUUCAAGCCGACCUCCCAGGCCAAACGCCCAGCGAAUUCCGCGUCUCCACCACCAACCACGACUGGCUCACCACCGUGAUUACAUUUGCCAUGGUUCCGUGUAUUGCACUUGACAUCAACGUGACCAGCUCAAGUGGACCUGCCUUGUCGUUCGAGUACAACCCGACCUCGUGUGAUGGGAUUGUCAGGAUUCCACCAGACAUCGAGUUUAUGCGGCUGAUGGUCACGCCGUCACAGGCGUUCGUUGGAAGCGUGGACGUCGCAUUUACCCGCACUCAAACGAUGUCGCAUACAGAAUGGUUGGCGUCCACGUGCAGAUCUGCCACGUCGGCGCGAGUUACAUGGUAUAUUCCUAUGGAUACCCAGCCGUCGGUGUUGUCCAGGGCGACCUUGCUCAGUCUGCCCUUCUUUACCUCGUCACACAACGUUGCUAUUGACUUUAUGUAUCGCAUCGAUUCUGAACAUGCUUCCCUAACAACUCAAGUGGUGGGCGUCGUCAUUGCUGUACCUCCCUCAUCCAACACCUCGAUCGUGCUCUUGACCUGGUCCAGUGACCAAGCCGUCGAGCUUGGCAAGUGGCAACCAAAACACUUGGAGUUUUUGGCCAACGAGUCAGCGGGCUUGUAUGAUGCAUUCCAGCUUGUGUUUACCGCCGACUCGUACUUUGACGACGACGUAUCGCUGCAAAACAUGUCCAUAUUCCAGUCCAAAGGAGGGGGAGAUAUCCACGGCGAGCUCGUGCUGGAGGCAGUGACGGGCGGCGCGAUGGUGCUGUACCAUCAGUAUAACACUGGCAACGCCGACAACGAACAAGUGGUCGAGUACACGGUGUACCUUGGCCAAGAAGGACAAGGCGACGAAUCUGUGGCGUAUUCUGGGCAGGGGAUUGUGUCGACGGGAUGCCGUAUCGGCAACACCUUGGCGCUGGAAAUCCCAGCGACGGAGUCGGCCACUCCAUCUUCGUGCGCGGCCGACUGCUUUACAGCCGACACCCAAGGUCGUCUCACGGGGCUGUCAGUUCUGCGCAGCUUGACAGUGUUCGACUUGCCAGAUUGGACACUUGGCAUGUCCAUUUGGAUCAACCACACGAGUCCGUCGAAUUCGUUGCUGUUUAUGUUUGGACAACAGACAAUUGCCGCCAGUUGCUCUGCAAGUGGCUUACGAAUCCAGACCUGUGCGACACGCCAAGACAUUCCGUACAUAUUGCCCACGAACGAGUGGCUUGAGCUGGCGUUUGCAUGGUCGUCCAGUACGAGGGCGGUUGUCGUGUCUGUGAACGGUGUGGCCAUCGCUCAAGUCGACGCGUUGCCAUCGUGUGCUACUACUACGACAGCUACCCUUGGAAUCCUUCAAAUUGGACGAGAUUCCAUGUACGGGCUGGAAUACUCUGCAUUGGAAGCAUUGGUGGACCAGGUCCGAUUGUGGCCAUACAACUAUGUAUCAGCGCAAGCAGUACUGCAGGACGACAACGAUGUCGCACGGGAUAUUGUGUUGCAUUUGAGGCUGGCCAAGUCGAAUGCAAGUGCCGACGUGAGUGGCGUCGAUAGCAGUGGCCAUGGCAACCACUUCCUUGUGCAGAAUGUCACGGCGGUGCGUAGCCGCGUGAGCCAGCAGUUUAGCUUGUCUCGCGGUGGUGUUUGCAUGUGUGGCAGUGGGAGGAGGUCCAGUCGGCCCGUGGACGCGCUCUAUUGCAACACACCGUGUAUGCUCGAUGGCUCCUUGGCCUAUGGCGGGAUAUGUGACACGGUUGCAAGGACGUAUUCAAUCGGUCGAUUCCAAUUGAAUCGGCUGAGUCCAGCCACGAGCUACAGCGUUCGACUACACUACGAAACCGUGUCUGGCAAGAGUUUCGACGUAUCGACGAUCUUGGUGGUGAAGACAACUGCCCCCACUCGCCCAGGCGCUGUCUUGAAUGUGACAGCGCAACUCCACCAAACAAGUGCUCGUAUUCAGUGGAUGCCAGAGUAUGAUACUGGGGGCCUGCCAUGCCUGUACUUUACACUGUACGUGAAUGGAUUUCGCGUGUCGAAAGUGUCCAAUGUGUACGAAACCACCUUGUUCAACCUUCUCUCCAACACUACGUACCUGCUGUCGAUUGUGGCCACCAAUGCAUUGGGGGAUGGCCCUCCCAGUGAAACCCUUGUUCUCGCCAUGAACAGUACCACCAGUGCAAAGCCGUCGGCUCCGACGUCGCUGGCUGCCCUUGUCACAACUUCCGGUGCAGUGCAAGUGCAAGUGGGAGGAAUCUCUGAUGUCGGCGGCGCCCCACUGUCGUCCAUAACGAUUGAACAGUUCCACUGGGGCAAGUAUGAAGUGGUGGCACGAGGUGGGACGUUGGACAGAGCCACAAACAGCUUUGAGAUUUGGGUGUACCACCUACCCAGCAAUGCCACCAUCGACUUGCGCGCCUCGGUGACCAAUACCCUCGGUCUUGAAAGCUCCAUGAGUGAAUUAUUUCAAGUCCGAACACAUGUCAAGUCUCUCUUCCAUCCAUAUGUCCCCACACCGUACCUGCGACAAGCUACGGGUGGAUCCAUCUCAAUUUCCAUUGACCGGCCAUUGGAUACAGGCGGCUACAACAUUGUUGGUUUUUACAUCUACCUGUCGACGUGGAAUUCGACCAAUUGGACACUAGCAGCCAAGACCAUCCACACGCCAGACGAGAGCUUGACGUUUGAUCUAUUCUACACCAACCCCUCACAAACCAUGCCCAUCUUGCCCCACACUACCUACAACAUCCAAGUAGUGGCCGUGACAGACGACAUGGUGUGCCACAGCUGGCAAGACUUGAUCGGGUUUGGACGAGUCACCAGUGUCACCACCCUUGCUGCCGCUUUGCCCCAGUCGCCUCCUUCUAUCCACAUGCUCAACGCUACCGCCAGCACCAGCUACAUUCGCUGCGCCCAGCCGCACGACAUGAACGGAGCGACGCUCGUCGGCUACGUGGUGUACAUGAACAAUGUGUCAGUUCAAGCCAUUUCUCGCGAUGUUUUCAUGGCAUCCAACCUCACUGCCAACACAAACUACGACGCUCAGUGUGCAAUGGUGACCAACUUUGGAACUACACGUGCCAGUCCUAGCUUGUCCUUGAGAACACGAGGGCCAUCUACUCCAGGACCAAUUCAGAAUAUCAGCGUGGAGACUACCGCCAGUACUAUAACCGUGCAGUGGCUACCCCCAGUAGAAUCGGGCGGAUCUACCGUGUUGGGAUUCAAUGUGUAUCAAGUGUUGCCGUUGUCUUUCAACUUGGCUUUGGUCCAACAUGUCACAAGUCCUCGGUUUACACUGACAUCCCUUCCAUACAAUACUUCAAAGGAGUUUUAUAUUUCCGUGCUAACCGAGGCCGCCCAAAGUAGUCCAUAUCAUAACUCCGUUCGCGCUACCACCACAGGACCUUCCCUUCCGUCGGCUCCACGGGGUGUGCAGGUGGUGACAGCAGGAAGUGAUUUUGUGGUGCUGGCACUGCAACCGCCGCUGGAAUCUGGGGGGUACAUGGCGUUCCAGUACGGGGUCGACGUCAUAUCGAUCGAAGCGUGCUACAAUGCAGAGUUGUCUGCGACAGGCAACGAGUGCUCGAUGUGUGACAUUGUUAUGGAUGCUGACGGCAGUUCCCCCAACUCAUCGUGCAUUGGGCAAAAUGGGAUGAAGUGCACACAUACCAGCUCCGGUGCUACGACUCUUUGCGGCAAAAAAGGGUUUCGGCGGUCCGUGUGCUUGUCACCGUCGCCCGAGUGUAAUGUAAACGACCUCGUGGCGUCCACUGCGUACUUGGUUGAAGCCUAUGUGGUCAACAAUAUGGGAUACAGUACAACGACCACCACGGUCAUAACCAACACACUCGGCGCUGGCAUCCCUCCUGAUGCAAUCCAACUGCGAAAUGUUCAAGAUGUGAAUGGACUACUCAUGUUCAGUUGGGACUAUCCAAAGCACCAAGGCGGGAAUGCCAUCUUCGAGUACAAUAUCAUUUGUACGAGCAAUAGCACUUCGAUAACCCUGAGCACGUGCACCCCAACUGCAAACAUGGUCUCGUCGUGCCUGUUGGAUUUUGCCAUGUGCAACCCCUUAUCGCAGGCGAACGUCGACUACUCAUGUUACGUGAUUGGGCGCAACAUGUAUGGCCAAACCUUAGCCAACCUGACGGCUGUACCGCGUGUAUAUGGCAACACAACAGUGCAGCCUUCGAUUUCGCUCUUGACGUUGAACGCCACGUCGUUUGUGCUUCAAGUGUCUCCAUCUUGCCAGAUGUCCUCGACUAGUUCGUCCAGCUCCAUAUUUGAAUGCCAAAUUCUGGACCAAAGUACUGCCGUGUCCACGGCCUUUCCAUGCUCACCUUCAACCUUGUCCAGUGUUGGCUCGUUGCAACCAGGAAGGGUGUACCUUGUAAGAGCCCGCACGGUGAACUCAUCCUUGUGGACGUCUGCGCAAUUUGCGACCUUGCCUGGCAUCCCCGACCCGCCUCGAGUUGAAGCGCAGUCUGUGACAGAGUACAGCAUCAACCUGUGCCUGUUUGCGCCAACUCAAACGUACGGCAGCGAGGUGCUAGCAUAUCAACUGGACGUCCUGAGUCCAACCAGUGGAAAUCGAGUUGUGGCUUCGACAACAUAUACUGGCGUUGGCCUUGGGUACCCGUCCACCGCAUGCGCUCCACUGUCCAUGGCGAAAUUGAAUGUCUCGACCAGUUAUGUGAUCCAUGUGGCGUCUCUUGGUGUGGGUGGAAUCGGCCCUGCGACGACGUUCAACGUGACCACGUCCGGGGCGUUGGCGCGCACGUUCAAGUGGAAAUCACACACGGUUGUUGGCUCAUUUGGAUCGACUGUCGACCUGACAAUCGUGCGGCAGAACGGCAUUCAAUACGACGAAACCGUGGCCAUUGCGCUCUCUAGCGACCAAGAAUACACCUGCGACAGCGUGUCCCGAGUGUGUGCUCCGAAGCGACGGAGCUAUUUGUUUAUGGACGUGGAUGUAGUCGGCAGCGACCGAUUGCAAACAAGCCAGUUUAGUGCCGAUGCAUGCGCUGCCGAGUGUGUGAGCUUGGACUGGUGUCAGUCGUUCACGUGGGUUCCAUCUAGCGCGUGCUAUUUGAAGGACGCAGUGCCAGACGCUACAAUUGAAAGUGGCCGCGUGACAGGCCUUAUAACGACAAAGUGCUACGCCCGCCUUGCCGGUGUCAACUUUGCAGGCAACGACAUCUCCCAUACAACAGAAAGCAACGAGUUGGAUUGCUUGGCGAAUUGUGUGGCCAAUUCAAACUGUGUGGGGCUGUACUAUAGCUCGUUUACCAACUUGUGCUACAUCAAGUAUGCCCUCACGACGCCCAACUUGGGGUGGUGGAUUGCCGCGCUAGUGCCAAAUCGAAACUGUGCGACGCCCCAACUCAUUUCGUUUAAUGCUGGCGACACCGAGGCGACGAUCUCAGUCGUCGUGCCUACCUCCGCCACAGCGUACACCAUCAGCAUCAGUCUCACCAGUGUCCCAUCUGGAGCCACCAUCGCAAACAACCCUACCAUGUACCUCAAUAUUGACGACUACUCGGCAGUACAUGGAACGUUCAACUGGGUGCCCCCAUCGAGCCUCAGCGUAACCAAAGGUGCUGUGGUCAACGCAACCAUCACAAGAGACUUUGGCUUGGCGUUCUCCGAAUCAGUAUCCGUUUCGAUUGGGAGCAACCGCAGCAGCAGCGAAGCGUACGUGUGCGAUGCCAUGACGUUAAAGUGUGCUGUUCCUACCUCGUUGUGUGGAUGGCAAGUCGCGGGCACAGAGUUCCUUGGGAACGAUAUUUCUCAAAAGAUUGGCAUUUCGCAGGCCGAGUGUUGCCAGUUGUGCGCCAACACUAGUGGCUGCGGGGCCUAUUCGUACGUGUCGGCCUCUGUCACAUGUAAAUUGAAGGCGUAUCCGUUGAAUUCGGUGGCCAGCUCCAACGUCAUCUCGGGCGUGCCGUCGCCCCAAUGCACCGAACGGUAUGAUGGCGUGGAUUUUACAGACAGCAACCUCGGCACUGCGUCUACUUUGACUGAUGUCGACUGCUACGCGCUGUGCCACCGCACUGCCACAUGUGUGGGGUUUCACUUUAAGCCAUCCACCACGACAUGCCAGUUGAAAUCAAAACUGUCCAGCGCCGUGUCGUCCAACAUGGCUGAAUAUUCCAUCGUGAUGCAGCCCAUUUGCUCCAAUUUGGUCACGUUCCUGCCUGGCGAACGCUCUAAAGUGGUGCAGAUACGCUUGCCUGUGGACGACGGCGGGUACAUUCUACCAUACUCUAUGAAUGCCAGUCUUGUUCGGGGAUUUGGGGCAUCGGUGCUCGGGACGUCCGUGUCGUAUUCCAUGACAGUCGCAGAUCCAAACCCACCCAAUGCGAUGACGUGGAGCGCUGCCAGUGUCGUGGGGUCGGAAGGAGGUAGUGCUAUUCUCGUACUACAACGAUAUGGGGUGUACAGCAAUUCGGUUCAAACUGUGUCGAUUGCGCUGACCAACUUCUACGCAUGUGACACUGUCACGUUGAUCUGCACGCCAUGCCUUGUGUCGCCUUGUGUGGCAACGAACUCGACCUUGACAUUCCAAGCCGGCCAGCGUGAAAUGAUCUUGCGUGUGCUGUUGCCCUCUAUCGCAGACUACACCCCAGCGUACAACAUCACAGGCGACAUCCUUCCAUCGUCAACAUUUACUUUGCAAACGUCUCGGGUUGUGAUUCACGUCAACGACAAUCUAGACAGUUCCGUGGUGAUGUUCACAUUGCUGGAUGUGACAGUGUUUGAAAACUGCUCGAGCGUGUCUGUGGGAGUUCACCGCGACCUGUCGUCGACGGUGGUGGCUUUUACAGUCACAUCUUCGUCUGCAUCGUACCAUCUUCCUGGCGGGAUGUUCCAAGCCAAUGCUACAUUUGCAGUGGGCGAACAUGUCAAGUACAUUCCCGUGCCCAUCACUGUAUCGCAAGGUUUCAAUCUCCCAGAUACAAUCACGUUGGAGCUAGGGUCAUCCAGCCCGUCGUCCAAGAUACGAUCAACGCCGCGAAUGCAAAUUCACGUGUGGGACUCGACAGUUGGCACCCCUGAUCCUCCAGCCAACAUGCAGUCCACAGCCUUGUCUGGUGGCAGCAUCUUGUUGUCAUGGGACCCUCCAAAGUACACUGGAUGCGUGUCAGUAUGGGACGUUAUGUAUAAUGUGUCGAUAUAUCCGCCGAGCUACCACUUUACCACAACCAACACAUCGUACCUGGUCCGAGGCUUGAAGGCCGACACGGUGUAUUCUGCCCAAGCGUCAGCGAUCAACGUGAACGGCAGCUCCAUCUGGACACUUCCAUUGAUCAUGCAGACACUACCUGCCACCUCGCCUGCACCGCCGACGAGUGCGACGGUGGUGGGCACGUACGCGACCUGGAUCACACUGCAGUGGUCGAUGGAUUCGCUCGGUGACGGCGGUGUUGGCCUCCGCUCGUGUCGGGUAUGGAACUACAACUUGGACUCAAACCUCACGACGUUGGUGUUGCAAGCGUCGGUGCCAUUUCAGUUCCCCUACACUAUCCCCAAUUUAACCCCUCAAACGAUAUAUACCAUGGCCAUAACGUGUACGAACGCGGCGCAACUGGAAAGCACCAGCUUUCAGUUCAACUUUACCACGGCGGCCGUGGACGUUCCGUACGCUCCGACCCACGUCGACACGUUUCGAAUCACGGGAGGGUCGCUAGGUAUUGCCAUUCCAGCUCCAUUCUACGACGGAGGCGCUGCCAUUGAGAACUUUACCGUCAUGUACCGCAGCUCCAUAUGCGACAACGCGACGUUCAAAGUCGGUUGCUCGGGGAACACUACCACCGAGGUUUUUCCCUUUAUUGGUCGGUGUAUUGUUGGUGGCCUGCAACAAAACACGUCGUACUUUAUUCAAGCAUAUGUUUCCAACUCAUUGGGUAUGUCUCGCAAUGCAAGCCACGUCCAGAAAUACACGACCAGCCCACCCACACUCCCCGAUCUACAAGAUGCCCCGCAUGUCACCUUUGAAUCCAUGGGCCAGCUUGUAUUGUCCUGGAGUCCGCCGGUUGAUUCCGGCGGGGUGCCGAUUGUGGGAUACGGUAUCAAGCAAUGGAACCCCGACGGAACGUUCGUGUUGGCAGUGGACAACCCAGCCGACCCCUCUACGUCUGUCAUCGUGCCAAACUUGGCUCAAAACACUCGGUAUCGAUUUGCCGUGGUGCCAUAUAACACGCUGUCGUUUUGCUCGUCCGACGAAGGACUUAGUAAUCAGCUAGUUGUACUCACUAUGAACGCCACGGUCCCCGACGCUCCCUUGCCGCCUAUUCUAGUCAACAGCACGGGGGGCUCUGUGACACUGCAGUGGUUUCCCCCAGCUCAAACUGGUGGGUUCAGUAUCAAGUCGUAUUGGGUGUAUGGCGUCCUCAACAACGACGACAACUGGGCGGUGCUGUACAGUGGCAAUGCCACGUCAUUCGUGCAGUACGGUUUGCAAGCGUCGACGAACUAUCCAAUCCAAGUGGCCGCAGUAUCGAUCGUAGGAUCGAGUGCAAACAGUUCGGUGGCAACCGUGUCAACGUCUUCACCUUCUCGUCCAGGCCCCGUCACAGCAAUCAACCAACGUGGCAAUGGUACCAGCGGCGGAGCUAUUCAGCUUAUAUGGACUGCCCCAAAGGAUACCGGUGGCCUACUUCCACUUACGUACACCAUCUACCGCGGCAACACGUCGAUCCUGGCCAAUAUCGACACUACGUACGCCGAAGACGCGAUCAAACUCUCGGCAAAUACCUCGUACUCGUACUCUAUCGUGGCUCAAAAUGGGGUUGCCCAGAGUGUGGCCAGUUCGAGUUUCAUUGGGCGGACGUCAGCUCCCAGUCUGCCGAAGCCCCCGACGCUGGACGCCGUGGCAACAAGCGGCGGGUCCAUGUCGUGGUCGUGGUCGCUGCCUAAUGACACUGGUGGCGUUCCCUUGACCAACACCUCGGCAAUUGUUUUGGAUAUCCUCACCAAUGCUUCAACCGUGUACACGAAUCUGUGGAACAAGUCCAGCUACUACGUGGGUGGGCUCACUGCGCUGAGGUCGUACACAGUACGUAUUUGGGUGACCAAUCGCAUUGGCAACAGUAGCGUUGUCGAAGUUAUAGCGACGACUACAGCGCCCACUGUGCCUGUACCCCCUGUCGCAGGCCUCCCCACGGCGCUCAAUGUGUCGAGUGGAUGGAUCAGUAUCGCAUUUCCAAAACGAGAUGCUGCUUUAUUUGACAGCGGAGGCACGCCGUUGACUGGAGGAAAUGUGUACCUAAACAACUUGCUCAUUAAAAGUGUUGCGCCAGGGAACUUGACGUCGGUCGUGUUGACGGGAUUACAAGCUCGUUCAGUGUACAACGUCACUACUACCUUUACCAACGCCGUGGGGGAGAGUGUAUUGAGUGGCAUCUUGUCUGUGACAACGUUGCCCAUGGUCGCGCCGUCGGGCGUCCCCCAACCCCUUGUGCUGCGAGACCGAUCGUCGUGGUAUUUGAACUUGACGUGGAGUGCUCCUGUGGAUUCUGGAGGCAGCCUCGCGGUCGUGUACGACAUUCGAUACAAGGAAGCUUCCUCUAGUACUACUAGUCCCUGGAUCAAUCAAACUGUAGCCGACACGGCCAUCAUUCUGUCCGACCUGCGAGCGUUACAGGGGUACCUCGUAGCCAUUCGAAGCACCAACGAAGCCGGCUCCAGUGCAUGGUCCCCGUCUGUCAACUUCUCCACGACCGUCGAGGCCGCUGGAUUUGCCACGUUUUCCCUGCUUCUAACACGAGUCUCGCAGAGCAACGGCAGCGUUAGCAUCGCCGUGACUCGAAAUGCCAGUGGCAUCUCUGGGUCGGUUAUGUUCUCGACCCAGAGCGGCACGGCCGUAGCUGGCACGCACUUUGUCGAGUCGUCGGGGCUCGUGUACUUUGCGCCCACGUCCUCGUCAGCGACCAUUCAUAUUCCGUUCUUCAACGACACAUUUGGGUGCACACCGUCUGGGCGGACGUUUGGUGUGUCGAUAGCCGCAGCCGCCGGCAGCCUCGUUCGGAUCGGACCAGUGAGCAAUGUUACGGUGGUGAUGGAGGACGACAACAGCGGGGGCUUGGUCGGCUUUGAAGCCACGUCGAUCGAUCAACUGCAGCUCCUUCCGGCGCCAUUUUACACGCCUCUGAACGUGACCAUCGUCCGCUCUGGCCACGCCUUGACAACAAUUAACGCAUCGCUGGCAGUCAAUUUCACCAUGAGCACGGCUACGAUGACCCGACAGAUCCUGUCGAUUCCGUCGUUUGUAGUGCUUACUCCGAACCAAUCGAUUGCCGUCGCCACGAUCUAUCUUGUCAACGACGGCAUCUACAACCUCCCAAGUCUGUUUUUCAUUCUCAACAUGACACUGCCCAACAGUUUCUCCAGUUGCUCCGUGCUCAACACGGUGGCGGCAGUGACCAAGGUCACUAUUUCAGAGCGCAACGUCGUGUCGCCACCUGGACCACCCACUCAUAUUGCUGUGGCGUGGCUAACUGGUGGCUUGGGGCGGUUUUCGUGGAGUGCGCCGGCCAACUCGGGCGGGUAUAACCUACCCGUGACAUUCUACACGGUCAAGAUCGUUGCGACAGGGUUUGAGCUCACGAAUCGAGUGAACGAGACCAGUGUUACCAUUGGCGGACUCAAUUCCACGACCAACUACACGGCGCGAAUCGCUGCCGAAACGAGUUUAUUGGUAGGGCCAUACAGUGACGCCGUCACCUUCCAAACACUGUCACCGUCUGUGCCGUCGUUGCCGAGAAACGUGCGGUGUUCUGGGCGCGCAGGCGGCAGCCUCACGGUGGCGUGGGAUGUUCCCAUGGAUACUGGCGGGUUUCCCAUUGCCGAGUACAGAGUCAUGUGCGCAGACAUUAGUGUUCGUCCUGUGACUCGAACGGUGAGUACCACCAUGCUUUGUGAUGGACUGAAUGCGUCCAAAUUGUAUUCCAUUGGAGUCCAAGCCAUGAAUGCGUUUAAUAUUUCGUCGCUCUUUGCGUACAUUACAUGCUCAACCACCACAGCCAACACCCCGUCCAAGCCGUUUCCUCCAGAACUGGUAUCGUCCACUGGAGGAGCGUUGAACUUUCGCAUUUCACCGGCCAUCAACACGGGCGGGGUGCCCAUUUUGCAAUAUGCUGUGUACAUGAACAGCCCAACCUUUCCCAGUGUCUUUGCACUUGUUUACAAAGGCUCCAACAACACGCCUACGGUCUACGGUCUCACGUUUAGUACUGUCUACACGGUGACCAGCCAGACCAUCAACGCCAUUGGAGCCAGCGAUGUGUCUAGCUCCAUUCAAGCUGUGACUUCGGCCGUUAGCAUUCCCACAAGUCCGCUCAACUUGACUCUAUCGGCAGCACCCACGGGUGGUGCAAUUAGCCUGCAGUGGAUAGCUCCCGUCGAUUCAGGCGGAAUCCCAAUCGCGGGGUAUGCCGUACGUCAAUACUCUUCUCUGGACAUCAUCACAAAUUCCCCAUCCAUUGCUUACCAAGACGAGACUACCAAAGCCUUGACAAAUGUGACACUGUUCAACAUGAAUCCCAACACGACGUACGUUUUCGCAGUCGUGGCGCUGACGUCCAUGAGCCACUGCUUCAACCCGAGCUACAUCCAGGAAAGCAAUCGCAUUGUGGUGAAAACCAAACUCACGACAGCUCCGUCGACGCCAGCUGCACCUAUCGUGACCAAAGCCACGGGGGGAAUGGUCGAAAUCACAUGGACCCCCCCCUUGGACUCUGGCGGGUCCACGUCCGUGCGCUACGUGUUGUAUGCACUCCCAAAAAUACCCUUGUACAAUGGCACGAAUGUGUCAUUUGCAAUCUAUGGGUUUCGAGCACUGUCCAACCAGAGCUACUACGUCGUGGCGUUCUCGGAAGGGGGUAGCUCAACGCCUAGCCCCACGACACUGGCAGCAACCACCGACGUAUCAUCGCCGUCUGCACCCACGUCCAUUGGUGUAACCAAAGCGAUGGCCGAUCGCCUUGUGUUUGUAUGGCAAUCUCCCAUAGACACUGGAGGCGCCACCGUCUCGGACUAUGAAAUCCGUCGCAAUGAAGUCAGUAUCGGACACUCCAACACAACGUCGUUUGAAGACAGUGGGUUGAUGGCCUCUACUUCGUACACAUACACGAUCAUGGCACGAAAUAGCCGAUACCCGAGUGCAUUCAGUGACCCUGUGACGUUCCGCACGGCGAAUGCAACCGCGCCGUCGGCGCCGCUGAACGUUAGGACUGCAGUCACGGGCGGGACCGUCGCUGCCUCCUGGGACCCUCCAUACUCGAAUGGAGGGCUGGCGAGUUUGGGAACCUAUUGCUUGUUGACGCGAACGGGGGCGUUGAUGCAGGACAAGUGGAUCCCCACCACCAGCUCAACUUGUGUGUUUACUGGGCUGACUCAAAAUACCACGUACCAAGUGACGUUGUUUGCGAGAAAUGACGUCAGCAACGGAACGGCUGCGGUGGUCAAUGCAACCACCUCAAAAGCCACUCCGCCGACUUCUCCUUCGAUCCCCGUCGUGCGAAGUCAAGUAGGGGCGUUCGUAGUUGUGGAAAUGACGUUGCCGCAGGAUACAGGCGGCCUCUCCGUCUCCAAAUUGACACUGUAUCGCAAUAGCACCAUUAUAGGGGUGGUUCCUGUGACAUCGUCCAACGUGUCCAGUUACAAUAUCUCAGCGGGGGGACUACUCGCUCGCACGAGAUACGUGUUUCAAGCCAGUGCUUUCAACGGAUACGAAGGGCCGUUGAGUGACGGGCUCGUGUUUACCACUGCGGCGCCGUCGACGCCUUCCAUGGUAGACAGCGUACGGUUGGUGGAGGCCACAGCUACUUCGGUAGCAAUCAAUUGGACACUGCCCGUCAACGACGGGGGAAGCCCCGACACGCUGGCCUUUGAUAUACGGAUCCAGUCUAGUCAAAGCAACACAACGGCAUCUAUCGUCAAGAAUACAUCGAUGGUCGUCCUUGGUUUGGCUCCCAAUACCUUGUACAACAUCUCAGUGCGGAGUCGCAACGUGGCUGGGGCGAGUACUUGGUCCAAUGUGCAGCAAAUGCAAACGCUGUCACUGGCCAAGGGCACCUGUGGGUGGGGCGUAUCGACCGUUCAAACCAAAAUCGAUGCCGGCUCGGUGUCUGUGCCGCUGGUCCGUCGAGGGGGCACAUCUGGGGCUGUGCGGUACACCAUUCGCAGCACAAGCACGGGAAACGUCGUGUUCACUUGCCCAAGUUCCAUCACGUUGCAAGAUCUGCAAACGCAGGCCAGUGUGGUCGUGGCCAUCACGGCAUCCACAGCGUACAACCCAAACGCAUCCAUUUCCCUCGAGUUGAUUGCAGAUACAUCCACGAAUGCAGUUGUGACGUCGUUGUUUGCGAACGUGACCAUCUUUGUCGACGAAGAAGACAAUGCUGGAGCGUUUGACUUCGGCAUGUCUACGAUCACAGUGCGGGAGGACGCGGGCUUGGUGAGCAUUCCCAUUCGUCGCCUGCGCGGUGCCAUGUCGACCGUCGUGUGGACUCCUUCCGACGCCACCGCCUCGCGCAACGGCACCGCUCGAUCCGGCACAGAGUACCAACUUCUGCCGAACCAGCGCAUCUCGUUUGCAACGAACGUGACACAAGCCAGCUUGAUUGUAUCGAUCAUCAACAACCAGCGACCACAGUUCCCACUGCUCUUCUUUUGCCUCACAUUGGUCAAAGUUAGCGGCGGCGGGUACUUGAAUCGUGAGGGAAACGACGUGCUUUGCGCGACGAUAUACAACGACUGGACGCCCGCGAUUCCAUCUCGAGUUCCAAAUCAACUGAACGUGGUCAAAUCCACUGGUGGAUUGCUGCAGUUGGCGUGGCUACCUCCGCCUUAUACGGGGGGCGCGGGGGUGUUUAUUACCCAGUAUUCCGUGAAUGUAUUUUCCAACGGCUCGCUUGUCAAAGCCGUGACGACUCUGACAAAUGCAACAACAGCUUCCAUUGGUGGCUUGAUGGCUUCCACGACCUACACCCUCUCCAUUUGCGCUAUCAACAGAAUUGGCACCAGUAGCGGAAUGAACUUCACUGCGCAAACAACGUCGUUGCCUUCGUUGCCUGGCACGGUCACCAGUGUGCAACUCAGCCAAGUUACGGGCGGGUUUAUGCUGUUGGUGAUUUCCCCUCCUGAUGAUACUGGUGGCGUUGUGGAUGUCAACUAUACCGUGUUUGUGUACAGUCGAGAACGCAGUCAGUUUGAGAGAGUUGGCACGGCCAUGCCGACGAAUCCAGCUUUGUACGCAGUGUACUUGCCCACUGCCAACACAACGUAUACGUUUCAGUUUCAGGCCAUAAACACUAUGGGAUACAGUACCCCAUCGGCCAACUUUACAUUCCGGACGGGCCUUCCGAGUCUACCUGGGCCACCCACGAAUGUCUUGUCGAGGGUUCAAACUGGGGGCGCUAUCACGUUGGAAUGGCAACCACCUGACGACACUGGUGGGGCAGCCAUCGUGGGCUACAACGUGUAUUUUCGAGUAGACAGCGCCACGUCAGAGUAUAAUCCGUUCCAGUGGGCGUUGUUUGCAGCGGAAACCUCUGCGACCAUUGCCAGACUGUAUCAAAAGACAUGGUAUGAGUUUGCGGUUGUGGCGGUCACGUCAAUAGAAGCACAAGUAUUGCCGGGGUUGGGGUCCAUUUCGAACGGCCGACAAGCAAUCACAACGACGACUCCGAUUCCGCGAUCGGCCUAUAAAACCAUUGAAAUGAUGGACAUUUUGUGGUUUCCAGAGGACGAACAACCAGACACCAGUGAAAUUAGACUGACGUCGCCAUAUAUUGGAUUGAAUGUCGACAACUUUGAGAUGGUUGCACUGGGCAGUGCAAGCAAUGUAUUUGCGUGUUCGACCACUCAGCUCACAUUACCGUCGAGCCCUCCAGUGCCGAUCCGAUUGGAUUAUCCAUCUGGCAGUGUGCUGCGUCUACAAGUCAAUUCCCCAUUGGACACAGGCGGCGUUCCCAUUACUUCGUACCGAGUAUUCGUACAAGGCGACGAGAUCUUGAAUUUCGCCAUCGAAGACGCGUCUACCGUGCUUGGCAACCUCCGAAUGGAUUGUAUCAUGCUGGUACCGGGGCUUAGUCCACUAACGUGGUACAAUGUGUCUGUAAUGGCCGUAAAUUUGAAGUCCGCAUGCGAAUCAUCCAGCGCGGGCAGUCGCAGCCCCGUGGGGCUCUUCCGCACCAAUGAAACAUCCUUGCCGCACCCUGUCACAUCCUUGGUCGACACGUCCAGCACGGGCGGCGGGAUCACACUGGCGUGGCAGCCGCCGUUCGAUCGCGGCGUCGGUAUGAACGACACGCUCAUCUUCAGCUUGUACAUGAAGCCAUUGACGUCAAAUGUGUGGAAUUUGAUCCAAAAUGACACGAGAACCAGUGCGUGGGUGAUGAAUCUCGCGUCAGAAACGUCCUACUACUUUGGAGUGGACACAACAUCCUCGGCUGGGUCAGCUGGCUUGGCGUCGAUGCUGGUCAAGACGUUCAAAACGUCGGGUAUCUCCGUGCCUGGGCCGCCGUGGAGUCCAUUCUUUGUGAAUCACACUGGCGGGUCCAUUACUGUGGGAUGGGCACCCCCUAGCGACGACGGCGGCGAGAAAGUUACGAGUUACGUCGUGGAAGUGCAAGGCAUCGACGGAACCCAGCUCACGUCGGCCAACCAGUUUACGUUUUACGGGCUGCUGGCGUCCACAGCUUACAACAUUCGAGUGGCGGCGGUGAAUCUCAUGGGCACGGGAUCGGCUAGUGCGUAUGCAACGUUGAGCACAAGUGCCGCUUCCCCCGCACUCCCGCCCACGACGCCAAAGAUCCUGAGUCAGUCGGGGGGGGCUGUGACACUGAGCUUUACUCCUCCCCUGGACACUGGCGGGGUGCCGCUGGCAGAUCUAUCCUACGCCGUGUAUGCCAACAAUGUGCUCGUCACGACGAUCUCCCACGCCGAGUUCGUACAAUCUGCCUCAUCAACCAGCUCGACGAGGGAGCUGAGCGUUGUCACAUCGGACCUCGAAAGUGUUUCGACGCUACAUCGUCGCCGCCGCCUCGAUGCGUCUGGCAGUGUCACAGUUGGCAACUUGAACCCUUCGACAGUGUACGAUUUUCAAGUCAGAGCCGUGUCGGUGCAAGGAGGUACAAGCGGCGGGUCUCCGCAGCAGUCGGGCCAGACGUCUCAACCCACGACGCCAGGACCUCCAGACUCGCCAAAGCUGGAUAAAGCAACGGGGGGACUGCUGUCAUUCUCGUGGAACGCCGUAACUGACAGCGGCGGGUCGUCUAUCACUGCGUUUGUACUAAAGCUGGUGAAUGUCGACACGCACGACGUCAAGAUGUGCGAAGGCAUGCUGUUUCAAUGCACAAUCUCGGGUCUGGAGGCCACAGCGACGUUUGCAACGACCUUGCAAGCCGCGAAUGCGAUUGGUAUGUCAAGUCCGAGUAAUGUGCUCGAAGUCCGCACGGAAAUCAACUCUGCGCCGUCCACACCAGUCAACUUUGGGAUGGUCAACAUGUACGCUACAGCUAUCGACUUGGCGUGGAGUGCGCCGAGAGAUUUCGGUGGCAGUGUGCUGCAAAUGUACUCGGUGGACGUCACCACCGUCGGUACAAGUACCCUCGUCACCCAACUGGUUGAUGUACCAGCUGAUGCAAGCCAAGUUGUGCUGUGCACGGUUGACGAUCUGACACCUCUAACGCAAUACAGUGUGACCGUGAGGGCAGUGACGUUUGAUCAAUUGGGAGACGUCAGCAAGACUCUAACUCUCACAACGCCAGCUGAUGCCAAUGCACCGCUGCCACCCGUGGAUUCCGUCCAACUGGCGUGGAGGGUAUCGCCCCGCGCAGUGGGAUACAACGUCGAUCGUAACAGCAUACUGAUCUACACUGGCACGACUUUGUCCUUUGAAGAUACGCAGAACCUGACGCCAGGACAGCCAUAUUCGUAUCGAAUCCAAGAAAUUCGAAGCGAUCAGUCCUUGUCCCACUGGAGUGCGCCUGCAAUGACAUCCACAUUGACAGCCCACGAUCCCGUCAUCGCAUGUUCAAAUGAUCUCGCCUUAAGUAUCGUUCAACAAGGGUACGCGAACAACCAAACCAAAAUAUGGAAGCUACAACACUCCACGGGACCACUUGUACACACGUACUUGAACUUUGCAACGUUUUCGGUCGAGUGCGACCACGACCAAGUACUAGUUGAAGAAAUCAAUCCGACCACAAACAUGAGUAUGGUGCUGUGGCGUGGCGGAUGCACUCGCCACCAACCAUUUGGCAUCGUCUCCACGUUUGCCAACAGCGACAUGUUUGUCACGUUCACGACAGACUCGUCUGUGACACUGGAUGGUAUCACGUUAAACGUGGAAUCAUUCGAUGCUGCCAAGGACACUCCCCGGGUGACGCAGAUUCCGUGCCCAUCACACCAGAAUAUUUCAUGUGCUAACAAUGGCAUUUGCACCGGAGCGUCCGGUCUGUGUCUGUGCAGUGUCGGGUACACUGGAGAAGACUGCAGCCAGCGCAUUUUGUGCACCAAUGGACUGGUGUGUCCGGAUGGCUCUGCGUUUUCGGGUCCAGACGAAGUGGUGAUGCUCGUGGAUGCCAAGCAGGGGAACGACGAGCGAGGGACGGGGGCGGUUAUGAACGCCACUGCCCACGGCACUGCAAGUAAAGCCGUGCGAAGUCUAGCCAAAGCACUCGACUUUCUGUCUUCGUUUCCAUCGACCAAGAAGAAGACAAUUCUGCUGUAUCCGGGCGAGUAUGUCGGCGCGAUCAACUGCGACGUGCAAAUUUCAAACGCGCAGAUUGACAUACAUGGAGUGUACGGCGCCUCGUUGACUGUGUUUACGUGCCCCGAAGGCCAGUGGAGUGUCGACGGUGGCAUGGUCAGUGUCACAGGGGUGACAUUUCAGUCUCGUGAAACCGACUCUGCGCAGCUCAGUGUCACAGGAGGUGGCGUGUUGAAGCUAUUUCAGAGUUCAGUUCGUGGUGGAGUGGGUUCGUCCGAGCUAGGGGGCGGGAUCUACGUCGAGCUGUCCAGUGUGUAUCUCGAACAAUCCGUUAUAUCCCAGUGCUCGGCCAACUAUGGCGGUGCGAUAUACGCGUACAACAGCAGCGUUACGCUCAACAACUCGAGGAUUACCGACAACCUGGCUCUGUUAGACGGUGGUGGCAUAUACGCAGACGGGUCGUCCGCUGUCUCAGGUUGGAGUUCGUUUAUCCAGUCGAAUUCUGCGACACGGUACGGCGGUGGCGUCUUCGCCUUGGGUUUGGCUAACGUCCUCUGGUCCGAUCCCCUCGGUCCACUUGAAAUUGCACUCAACGUAGCGUCAUACGGCGGCGGUAUUGCCAUCAACGGGAGCUUGGCAUCGUCGAAUGUGCGUCUAACGUCGAACAAUGCCACAACCGACGGCGGUGGCUUGUACUUGUUGACGUCAUCUUCCGUUUCGGAUUCUAACUCCGUCAUCAUGUUGAACCAUGCAAUGCAGUCGGGCGGCGGCGUGUUCACCUUGUCCGACCAAUGGCUUUGGUUUCGCCAGUCUACCGUGUCUCAGAAUUCGGCCAAGUGGGGUGGUGGCAUGGCGAUUCACGACACAACUUGCGUUGUGACUGGUGUGACGAUCCACGAGUGUACAAGUGAACUGCAUGGCGGUGGCUUGAGUGUGGUGAAUUCCACGGUGGAGUUGGUGCUCGUGGUUAUUACUCAUAACACGGCGAAUGCAAGCGGCGGUGGCGUCUACCUUCGCACCGCAGCACUGACUGGUCCUGUGGACAUUGCCGAGAACGCAGCUGGCAUGUCUGGUGGUGGCAUCUUCAUCCAAGGCGAGUCAACGUUACAACUCGCGUCGAUAUCUCGUUGUACGGCGCCCAACGGCGGUGGAUUCCACGCUAUUUCUUCUCCUUCUCUCCAACUCAACUCUGUCACAGUGGCCAAUUGCACCGCGACUCAACACGGUGGAGGUGGCGUCCUCGAAAAUGUUCGCGCUGUGACCGACUCUUUCGUUGUUCAAGACAACGCCGCGACGUUCGGAGGUGGGCUUCACGUCGACGGAGCCCACUUGGUCACUGGUACUGGUCUUGGCCGAUGUGUGAUACAGUUCAACAAAGCGGCGUUUGGCGGCGGAGUGAGUGCGUUGUCAAGCCCAUCGCCGUCGUCUUUAAGGUCUGUGACGCUGCAAAACAACAUCGCACAUGACAAGGGAGGUGCCAUGUUCGCUCAAUUAUGCACGGUUGGCCUGGUGGACGUCUUCGUGGAUUCUUGCUCCACUCCCGGCCAAGGCGGUGGCUUGUACCUGCUAAGGUCCACCGUCGAGCACUCGAAUGUACUGGUUCAACACUGCUCGGCCACGGACGGCGGCGGCGUGUUCCUAUCGUCAGCUUCGUUGGAACCUCCUGGCGCGCUGACUGGGUUCAUAAGCCUAUCCCAUAACGAAGCCAACACCAUGGGGGGCAAUAUCCACUUGGCGAAUCAUAGCUCCAUGUCGUACGUGAACAGUGUGAAUGGCACGGCGUGGAGAGGUGGUGGGGUGUCUGGAAGUCAGUGGAGUGGCACGUGUGCGUUUUGCAUCGUCGCAGACUCGGAGGCCAACCAAGGAGGUGGGAUGUACCUCUACGAAAGCUCGAUCUACCUGACUCACAGCUCCAUUCGACGCAACUUUGGCGUCCAAGGCGGUGGCAUGUACCUGAAUUACGCCAACGUCAGUCACGACAGAGUCGUCGUCGAGCACAACGUUGCCGCGGAGGGACCUGGUUUCUGGAUUGGCAAUACCACGACGGUCAGCAGCCAAACCGGCACAUACAGCCUGUUAACGGGCAACUACUUUGACAACGCAACGGCCGAGUACUUUGGCGGCGCCAAUGUGUUUAUAGGGGAAUCUGUGACAGGGUUUGAAUUGGCCAAUUGGAACAUUUCGGCCGGCCAAGCGUACCGUGGAGGUGGAGCCUAUGUCUCGAACGGAGCGAGCGGGGCGUUUCGAAGGUGUUUGUUUCAAUUCAACUUGGCAUCGAGUGAAGGCGGGGGGGUGUUUGUGAUGGAGUCUACGACGCUGACCAUUGAAAGUUGUCUGUUUGACUCGAACGUGGCUCCGUCGGGGGCUGCGCUUCUCGUCAACAGCGACGCAUCUUUCAGUUAUUCCAGCGCCAACGUUACCGUGAUCGACACCGUUGUGGCCAACCACAAGGGUUCCAGGCACGGUGCUUUUCGAGUGCUCUCUGCGAAUGUAAAUGCUAUCCGUUGCGAUUUCACCAACAACUCCGUGGAUGGCGGAGGCUUUGGAGGGGCCGUGUCGUUCAAGAGCACACGCUUUGCCUUUACAGCAAGCACGUUUUCUCACAACUCUGCGACACAGGGUGCGACAGUGUACCUAGAAUCCAACAGCCAAGGCACGUUCACCAGUUGCACCUUGUCUGGUAACUGUGCUUCCAUGAACUCUGUCCCUAUUGCAACACAUGGGGGCGUCCUGUACAUCGGAAAAGAGUCCAGUGCGACGCUGGCCGGUUCCACCGUCGUCACAUGUGGGUCUGCAGUGUUUGGCGGGGGGAUCUACGUGGCCACGGCAACGUUAACCAUACGCGAUGAGUCGUCUAUUGUUACCCACCGUGCGACUCAAUUCGGUGGCGGAGUCUUCUUGGACGAGUCGACAAUGUAUCUGUUUUCAGGGCAUGUUGGAGACUGUGAUGCGAAGUACGACGGAGGAGGCAUCUACAUUCAACGGAAUUCGAAAUUGAUUGGCAAGAACGCUACCGUCGAUGGCAACACCGUGACCAACGAUGGCGCGGCCAUUUACAUUGCGUCUGGAAAGAACUCGGUCGUUCUGAACGCCUCCGUUGUAUCAAGCAACACGGCACUGCAUUUUGGAAGCGGUAUUUACGUGGGACGUGGAUCGGGCUCAACGUUCACCGACGUGACCUUUACCGAGAAUGCAGCCGUCUUGGGCGGUGGGCUGUACAUCUCGGACACUACGUCGACGCUGAUUCGGUGUACAUUCCAUCGCAAUUCGGCUGACCGUGGCGCUGGGGUAGCCGUGGAUCGCAGUGGGAACCUCGUCGCAAGUGGGUGUGUAUUCGUUGAAAACGUAGCCGACGAUGUUGGCGGUGCCAUCGUCUUGCUGUCGAAAACGGUGGCUGCCGUGACCAACCAGUCGAGUUUCACUGGCAACGUCGGUCGAAGUGGCGGGGGCAUCUACAUGGAAAGCGCCAGUCAAUUGAGUUUGGACUCGGCCGAGUUUUACGAGAAUCAAGCCGCGAGCAACGGGGGCGGCAUCGCUGUUGCCGGGAACGCCGCGUUGAAUAUGUCGCAUUGCGCCUUUGUAGAGAACGUGGCGGUGGACGGCGCAGGGCUGCACCUAGCUACAACCUCGUGGGUACAAUUACAGGAUUCGUCAUUUACCGCCAACCAAGCUUCGUUUCGAGGCGGCGCUGUGUUCGUUCAAAAGAGUAGCACGACGGUUUCCCAGCGUCUGAGCGUCACUUCGAACGUGGCCACGAGCGGCGGCGGAGUGUUUUGGCUCAUUGGCAGUACCACCGCCCCCGACGUAUUCCAUUGCAGCGACUGUUCGAUUCACAGCAACGAUAUGUACGACAAGGCAACGGAUUCGAUGCAGUUUGCCGUGUCGUGGUGGCCCACGCAUGCGACCAGCGGCACGUACUUGGUCAAGGUCGACGAAGUCGAGUCGAUUGUGCCUGUGAAUGUGUCUGUGGAUGGUGGAGAGAGCAAGAAUCUGUGGCCACGCUUGAUGGUGCAGGACUACUACGGCCAGCAGUCCGUGACAGACAACUCGUCCACGUGCAUCAUCCAAGCAGCGACCAAUCAGACGACAGGCAUCCUCUUCGAACCGGGCGUGCCCUUUUUAUCUCAAACUGGCACUGUGACCUUUCUCAACGCCGCCGUCGUCAGCGAUGGAGCCAACAUCACGUACGCACUGGAAGCAGUGUGCUCGAUUCCAUUGGCCAAUGAAGGCUACCAAUACAUUGACUUGAACGUGACCGUGUAUCCUUGCAAACCGGGCUUUCGACUGGCCGAAAACAAGCGGUGUACUCGUUGUGGCGUGGGACAGUAUAGUUUGGAUGGCCAGCACUGCUUUGACUGUCCUAAAGGCGGCAACUGCGACCAGUUUGUGGUGAACGUUGCGUUCCCAGACGUCCAACUCGCGUACGGCGUGACCUUUCCGCGCACGGUGGCCAACUUCAUGACAUUCGAAGCGACCAAGACCGUGCUAGCCGGAUGUGUUCCGUCCACGUGGGACUCUACGGAUCCGUGUCUACAAUUCGCUGCCAAGCAAGUGGGCGGUGUGACCAACUUGAAGGAAUCAUCCGCCAUUGAUCUGAACUUGGUUAUGAACGACUGUGCGCAUCUCAAGACUAGCAUUGCGUUCCAAAAGUAUUGGCCACCGGAACGCCAGUACUCAUGCUUGACGAAUUCGUCGUUUUAUAAAUGCGAAGUCCCUGGGUCGUGUCCAGCCGACGUUGUCGCAGACAAACCUCAAAUCAACACUGACACAAUUCCGUGUGCGACAGGGUAUCAAGGACCCACGUGUUCCGUGUGCAAACCAUUUCAUAAACGAACGUCGUCUGGUGAAUGUGCCUCGUGCGAGGACGUGAAUGCUGCGAUUCGGAGCGGACUGACGUGGCAAAACUUCUUGCUUCCAGGGCUGGUGCUACUACUGCUCGUUGGAGUUGUCGUUGGCAUUCGAGGCUUCUUGGCUGAUGGCACGGACGUGAAGAUUCUCGGCAAAGCCCAUGCAGAUCGAAAAUUUCAAGUGCACAAUGUCCGCGUGGCUGAAAAGGGCAAGGUGGCCAAGUAUAUCGAAGCCAAAGUCUCUGCUUGGAAGGCAAAGAACGAGCUGAAAGCAGCCGAAAAGAAGAAGCACGACAAGUCGAUUGUGUUUGGCAUCGCGCCCGUGAAUGUGAUUGUGGGGGUGUACCUGAGCCCAGAAAAGAUCAAAAUUCUCAUUGGAUUUUUCCAAAUCUUUGGCAACUUAAAGAAAACGUACGAAGUGCAGUGGCCCAACACGGUCAAUAGCGCCAUGGACUCGACGUCCAAGUUCAACCUGGAUUUGAUCGCGGUGGCGGGCUUGGAUUGUAUCAUGGAACGCACGUUCUACUUUGACCUGAUCUUGCUGUUUGUAAUCCUUGGGUUCUUGCUCGGUGUAAUUGCAUUCUUUUACGUGCACGGCAUCCACUCGUACGAGAAGAAGCUGUCGUCGAUUCCCCGCAACUGCACCCGGUGCGGCCAUCCCGUGCGCGAGUCGUAUUCAAGGCGUGUAUAUGAACGUUUGCCAGCUACGCUCGCUCAAGGCGGCAAAGUGCCUCCGAAGCUCCGGCAGAGUUUACAUCGAUUGAGCUGCCUUGUGGACAGCGAACCGGACGCGAACGCCCCCGACGACCGCAAAAUCAAGCGCGAACUAGGCAUUUCCACAGUCAAAACAGACGUGCUGUCUGUGUACCCGUCUCGGCACUUGCAGCACCAGUGCCCAAGCGACGACGUCCUCAGUGGGAAGCUGCUGGACCGGACGCUCAGGGCCAACCUCCGCGUGUGGCAGGCCCGCACUAAGCUGCGCAUGAACUACCACUCGUACAAGAACAAGUGCUUCAAGCUGUUUAUGUGGCUGCUGCUCAUCUUGUACCCCAACGUGUGCCAGUACAUUCUCAACAUCUUCAACUGCCAAGAGAUUGGCAACAAGUACUACAUGGUUGUGGACCGAAGUUUGGUGUGCUAUGACGCCCAGUGGGGAUUUUACUCGCUCUUUGGGUUCGUGGGGCUCGGCGCGUGGGUGGCCGGUGUCCCGCUCUUCUUUUACAUCGUCAUUAACCGCGUCCGCACUGCCAACAUCCGGGAGCGCAUGAUCAUAUUGAAGAACCCUCGGUAUCGGUACUUGAGGCACAAGUGGACCCGCAAUAUGCGCGCGUAUUUUGCCACGCGGGGCCGAUACAUCAAAGAGCACGAGUUCUACGACGUUGAAAACGACUUGUUGUACGAGUACAUGUGUUAUCUCAACAUGACGGACUCGGUGAACCGACUGCGCGUGGGGUUCAUUUACCAAAACUACGUGCCCGAGUUUUGGUGGUUUGAAGUCCUCGAGUUGCUGCGCAAGUUGUUCAUGAACGGCCUCGUGAUCUUUGUGCACAACAACCCAGUGUUGAAGGCCGUGCUAAGUAUCACGUGGAGCAUCCUCCUCAUGAGCGGCAUCCUGUACUACCGGCCGUACGUGGCCUGGAGUAACAACCUCGUGAGCAGCAUGACGCAGUUCCAGCUCAUUCUGACGCUGUGGGUGGGUCUCGUGCUCGUUCUGAACGCCCAAACGGGGCUGAAUCUGCUCAACCAGCAGCAAAUUGUCAACAUUAUGCUCAUACUCAACUUUAUGGCCGUGGUCGCUACGGGGUACAUCAUGCUGGACGAAGCGCGGUCCCUGUCCAAGCAGCAGAUUGCCAUUCAGGAAGCAGAGCGAAAGGAUAAGAUCCGCCAUGCCGUGACCAGACUGUGGCAGAAAGCAUACAACCACGCCGUGUACAAAGCCAUGCAAACGAACCAGACCGGUCGGACAUUCUCCGUGCCAGCGUUCCUCGAAGCGGUGCGACUGCACAAGCUCGAACUGGCCCAAGCUGCCGAGUAAAGAUAUAUAUAUAGGCCCACAACAAUCGCAAGAGUCAAGCACAGCGCUGGACGAGUAUAUAUAUAUAAAUAUAUUUGUAUGAUUUUACACCAUGUCGGUUUCAAGCUGCAACAUGGUCGCAACAAUCCUGAUUUGCCUCGUCAUCAGCGGUGGAAUUGAAAUCUUGCGGGCGCGGACUACUGGUAGUACCAUUUGCUUCAACAGGACCUAAGGAAACCACAGCACAUACACAAUCCGUUGGGUAUGAUCAUCGUGUACUUAUAAGCCAUCAAUGUCAAUCUCGCAGCAGUUCACAAUGACAACAUCAAGCUACUAGUACGUCCAAGUUGAGUUGGAUAUAAAUGUCCAUAUCUCGUACAGGAAGUUUCAGGCCAAACUGGCCAGUGUGGCUUCUCCACUGG